UGAGACAUAAAGAAGAGCCAUGCAGUCUUUAUACCAUCCAGUUUUUCUAUUCUUUGUUGCCCUAACUUGGAGAACGUCUUUCUCCGAACCAUUCCACAAAGGGGAUGGAAAAGAUCAUCCCAUACAUGUUCAAUAUCACCGCGAUAAAAUUGCAAACCAAGAGGCUGAAAUAAUAUUGGAUACUGAUGGCUUAGAAAGACGCUCAGAAUUUUUUGGGGAAAAUUCGGGCCAUAAACCAGACAGUUUUGCAAGGAGUGAAAAACUUUCUACAGAUGAUGCAACACCGCAACAAAAAUCAGGCAAACAAAUUAGUCUAGCGGAAAGUACAAAAUCGACCAACGAAAUUGACCAGAAGACCAGCACCAAAACUAUGCUCAAUCAGGUUACAAUACAAACAAAUCAAGGAACAUCAACAGCAACAGUUUCAUCAGUAAUUGAGGACCCCACAACGGAAGUACCAGUCGAGUCAUCUUCUACGACUUUGGGCUCCACAAAACCCACGUCCACGACGCCUUCCCCCAUCACAACAACCACAACAACGUUGCCCGACAAUUUGUAUUGCCUUUGUGACAUUCAUGAAUCUGUAUGCGAUAUGAAUUGUUGCUGCGACAAUGACUGUAAGAAACAAGAUCGAAAGUUUUUCACUCAUUGCGUAGACCAGAUUGGAGUUCGGGAUGAUCGUAGUUCUCCAAGAAGACAACGAAGCUGUUACAAGUCAUUUGUGACAUUUAAACAUUACACAACCGAAAAUGGAGUCCUCAAUGAUAAUGGAAUGCUUUGUAUUGUGAGAGAUAACAGCAAAGUUGACAAUAUCUUGCCCACUUCCAAGCUAAGUGAGAUACAAAAGCGAAUUAGCGAUGGAGAAAUCAACAUCCAACCAAAGUAUUCAAUUGACAGCAGCAAAAAAGUUCAAUAUAAGCAGGAAGCAUACAAGUUCGGUAGCCCAAUCGUGGGGGUGAAAGUCAUGGAUUUGACUAAAAAUAAAGUCGACCUGGUUCCCUACGGUUUGCCUACAACGUAUCACUCAGCUCCCUGUACGGAGAUUAAAGAACCCGUGAAAUUCCUUGAGAAUUUUCACUCUGAAUGUCAACUUGUCAUCACUAACCUCACUCAUGAUUGCACUCGUCUUGGAGCCUUGGAUGCCAAUUUAUUCAUCAAUCAAAUCCAAAUUUUGACGAAUCCUGGCGAUAGUUCAGAUCGAGAAUUUAUACUGAUAACGCCAACAAAGGUGUGCAAUGGCCAAUUAUGCACCACAGAGCUGAACCCGGAUGAACACAGCGAAUUUCCGAAACCCAUUUACAAUCCUGGAAAACGAGUUUGUCAAAAUGUACUCAUUGGGCUCAACGUCACAUUUUAUUUUGGAUUGGAAGGAAUUUCGGACAUACAAGCAAGUGCCCAGUUACAAGAUUUGCAAAUCUCCGAUAAACAAUUGACCCAAGAGUUCAGAUCGAAUUUUCUAUGGAAUGCAGAGCUUAACAACACAGAGGCCACUCCUGAUUCGGCAUCCAGCAAUGGACCAGAUCGGAAUUUUUGGCCUCGUAGUGGGAACCCUGGCUACAUUGUGGGAAAACCGGUCAUAAUGGGAAAGAAAGUUACAAUUGUAAAAGAAAAGAUGAAACCAAGUGGAAACUUCACGACGCAAACCCCUUCUUUGGAAGACGAAGAAAAUAAAGAAGUUGAGAUGGUGAAGGUCUCCAAAGACCCUGCAAAAUGGAUGACCAUUCAUAAUCCAGGAAGAUGCCCACAAAAUCCAGAUGAGGCUUCGAGAAAGUCGGUGUUGUUCGACUACUCUCAUUUGACUAUGUGUAUUCUGAAUUUGACAGAAUUCAAAUACUGCGAAGAUUUACAGUUGCAAGUAGCCAAAAUCCUUUUGGGCAGCAAUGAUCCAGGGAAUUUUGAAAAACUAAAAUGGCAUGUCGCAGCAUUUGGAAAUUCUAACCCAAACGUCUCCAGCGAGUGGGUUCCGGUGUCUGUAAAGAACUUUCCUCUGGGAUUUAUGUCGACUCCGGGAAACUCCAAGGCACUCGUUUCGAAAGGGUGUGACAGCAUCGUCUCUACCCUUCACAUUACGGUUACCUAUGCCUUUGUCGGAACGGUAGACUUUCCUCAGGCCAAAAUUACUGGGGUUUUGUACGAGCCAGGAGAUUCUGUCUCUUUUCCCCCGGAAGAUAUGUCCAAAAGUUUUGACGUCUCUACAACGGUCAGCUUUAGAGAUGUCACUGCUGCUCCGGUGAUGCGUGUGGCAAAGUGGCCAGUCCUUUCGAUUACUCUUCCAAAGGACUUUUUUUACCCAUUCUCUCGUUAGACGCAAAUACAUAUUUAUAAUAUUGUAAAUAUAUUAUUAACAGUUAUGCAUAUUACUAGAAAAUGUUGUUACUACAAAAAUUGCGCAUUUUGUACAACACAAUUAUUUUAUAUUUCCCAAGAAUUAAAG